CAUUGCACCCCCGUUAAUGGUUUUAAAAAUUAGUGGUGAGCACAACUUUCCCUUGUUUGUUAUAGUUAUACAGGAGCAGUCACCUUGCCAAUGUUCAUGUGAAAAGCACCUUAUACAUAAUAAUUCCUCAGUGAAAGCCAUAGUGUUGCAUGAACGGUUUCAGUGGCAGUGCCAUGGAUUGGCUUCUCCUGGUUUCACCUGCUGGGAAAAUGUCACAUUGUACAUGUUCUGCACUGAUUUGGGCACUAAAUGUGUAGUUCCUAUCAUUCCCUGUAGCACAGCAUGUGUCCAAGGCAGAUUAUAUUUAAAUGAGCACAGGUGUGACUGUGAUCAGAGAAUUACCUUGGAAGUUGGAAGAACCUGCUCCAGAGAAGAACAAGCCGGACCCCACCGCCGGUCUUUGCCUACUCCCCCUGUGCUGCCCCCCAGACAUAAUGCUGCUGUUACUGCCAGGGAAAGUGUUCGGGAUCCUGGUCUAGGACUAGAAGAGCCAUCUGUGGAAGUUCCAGCAGGGAGUGUAUGGGCAUCCACAAGCUUGUCUGACGUUCUCCAGCCUACACUUGCACAACAACGCAGCCACGAUCUCCAACAGAGGCGCUGGAUGGCCCGCAUUGAUGGCCAUCUAGGUAAUCUGAUUUGGGAAGUGGCUAAGUUGAGGCAAGACCUUAUUGCUGAGCUGCUUAACAGUAGGCUAGAAAGAGAGCGCCAACAUCGUGAACAUCAGGCAAGUGAGGACCAGCACACAAAUGCCCUGCUGGCAGUACUGGAGCAUGCACUGCAUGCGCCUGCCUCUGGGUCUGCCGAAGGAUCACUCCAUGGUCCCUCUUCUGCACCUCAAUCACCACCCCCAAGUGCUGUCCAACCAGCUAGGGCAAGGAGGUCUGGAAGGAGGCAAGGAAGGAAGGGGGUCUGAUCCUGACUGUGGACCUAUUAAAAAGUUGGUGUCCUAGCUAUGUAUCUGCUUUUGCUUUCCAACCUGUAGUGGUCCAAACCUCGUCACCCAAUUGUACUGUGGCCACAAACUUUAUGAAUGCCUCUCUUCAGAUCUCGUUCUAACACACGAUUCAUUGCAAAUCGGCACCAAACAACAAAAUCCUCAUCAACCGAUGCUGAACAUCACUGACGGGCACCAAUAACAUCUGGGAAGCAUCCAAGUGCAUUCCAUCUAACAUCUUUAUUGUGCAUUUGCCCAAUUAAAAAAAUGUUUCCAUACCUGUGUCUUGGCUUAAAGAAAAACACACUAGAGAAGCAAUUCUAAAAUUCUUAUUUUAAACAUACAACAUUCUCUUUAUUUGAAGAAAACUGAACAUAUUAUGUACAAGAGAACAUUACAAUAAACUUAUUGUAUGAAAAAA